CAGGGGAAGCCAUUCUGAAUUUAAACGAGGACUUGGAUGACAUAACACAGGCAUAUCCCCCCCGCUUCGGGUCCCUUUCGCAUACAGUACAUACCAGACGCCGUUCAGAAGUGACCUGCGUGGGUAGCAGAAAUGAAUGGACUGAAUGGACUAUAGCAGAAGCAGCAGCACACGUCGAGAGAAGAGCGUCCCUAACUUCCUGGGGCAAAGGCACUCGGCAAUGUCCAACCCUCCAGAGAAGCCUCCCUCCCCACAAGACCUGCUGACAAUCACAGCAGCGCUCGCCGCUCCACCAACAAACGAGCCCUCCCAGUUCCUCACCUCCCAGUUCCUCACCUUCCUCCGCUCAUGCCUCCUGCAAACAACCACACCUCCCAUCUCCAACAAGUUCCGCAAUGACAUCUUGCAGGCAUGCAAAAAGGUCUACGCCGCCGUCAGGAGGGCAUCCCUCCGGAAGACGAGCGAUUCGGGCGGAGAAGAAGAUAAACUCAACAGCUUCGUGGAGCUCGUCCUGCGUCUGCAGAAUGAAUGUACGAUCGUAACCGGGCCGUACCCGCACAUUGCUCUCUCCCUCGGCCUUCUCCAGGUUUUUGUCGGCCUGCAUCGCGGUAUCUCUACCCCCCUCGACGAUCGCACCACUAUACAAUCCAUCGCAACGCAAUUAGUCGAAAUCGUCAUCCACAAUCCGUUUGAGUAUGCCCGAGCAGCCGCCUUCAGUCUCCUACGCGACGAACCGGGAUGGCUGAAGACGGUGCAGCCGCGGACGGGAGAGUUGAUAAACACCGCUGUGGCUUUAUCCCAGGACGUGUCGACGUUGGCGAGGUUACGCGGCGGGAUGGUCUGGCGGUUGGUCGCCUGUCUCGAGUCUGCGAUUCCCUCCGACAUCAAGGAUCCCGUGAUUCACCCCACCUAUGCAUCACUCACCCACCUCUCAUCCCUCCUCACAACCCACCUCUCCUCACCCACCUUCGCAUCCGCCGCACCCAACAUCCACGGCGCCGUCGAAGGUAUCGCGUACGUCGUGCAGGAUAUCACACACAUCCAAUCCGUACCCCGGAACCUAGUGCGUGAGUUGGUGGAUGGGCUUGUAAAGGCGUGUAAGGCGGCGGUGGGGGUGUUUAGGGAGACGAUGUUUUUGGAGGUGGGAGAGGGUGAUGAUGACGAAGGGGAGGAGGACGAGGACGAACAGGCGGGUGAAGAUACUGCAUCGCAAGAAUUUCCACGGAAAGUUCUAAUCGCAGCAGCCUGGCGCACGAUCCGAUCCGGAGGUCUGGCUCUUUCGACGAUCGCGGUCAAACUCGUACAGUCACACUCCUCUGCACGCCACACAGAAACAAUCAUAACCACCACAUAUCACCUCCUCACCAAAACCCUCCUCGAAAUCCGCCACUGGGGCGCCGCCAACUGGACGCAGAAAUCGCUCCAAUCUCUCUGCGCCGCCCUCGUAACAUCACCCACCUACCACCACCUCCCACAGCAGUGGCUGGAUGCCGUCAUCGCGGGCAUCGUCUCACCCGCGGGUACGAGUAGUAGCGUGGAGGCGCAGGUAUACCCCCGCCACGACGACCGCACAUCCGGGCCCGCGCGGAUCCUCCUCGCCAUCCUGCACGGCGCCUUCCCCGACCCCACCGAGCGCAUCACGGUCCUGAACGAAACCGUCGUCGCCCCCCUCCUCGCGUGUCUCAACCCCGGUAACACACAUGACAGAACGAGGACAGUCAUGGCGUUGACGAUCUUGCAUCGUCUCGUGAAGGACGCAAAGACGGGGCCGGGGAUGCCGUUUGGCGAGACGCUGUGUGCUGCGCUACACUCCAUCCAUACCCCCGAUGCCGCGGCGGGAGUAGCGAGCGCCGGGGUCCUGUUACUCUGCGCGGUCCUCGAGCGCGGCGUACCCGGGCUAUGUCAGGCGGAGGCGUGGGAACGGGUCGAAGCCUUUUCUCGCAUGUACCCGGCCGCGAUGGCCGCUGUUGUCAGCGCGCUGGGCGGAACGGGAACGGAGAUGGGGCGGGUGGCCGGGUUGGUUGUUCUGGAGUCUGUUGCUGGCGGUCGAUCGACCCCGAUGAACACACUGGAGGCGGGGAGGAGGGGAAGGAGACGCCAACACGCGGGGUCGUCAGCACCGGGCGCUCCCGCGAUACCACUACCACCGGCACCACCGACCGACCCACUGACACACCACCUUCUGACCGCGUCGACCCACCCCUCGUACGCAGUCCGCACCCUCGCCGCCCGCUGUCUCGCGCACACCACCCCGCCGGCCCUAGUACAUACCCGCGUCCUGCCCGCCCUGACCCGCAUCCUCACCGGACGCACGGGCGGUAACGCGCUGCAUGGCGCGUUGUGUUGCGUGGAGGCGUUGGCUGCGAUGUAUCCGACUGGGACGGCCGAGACGCACACGGCCGUGAAGGGGAUCGUCACGACGACGCUCACGCUGCACGCCACGCUCGCGCACCGGCACCCGUUCAUCCAGGCCGCGUUUGCGGAUGUUGUGGAUGCGGCGCGCGCGGGUGGGGUCGAUGUGGGUGCGGAUGUUGAGGCGUUUGUGGAGGGUGUGCGGAGGGCGGGCGGGAUGCCCUGUUUGGAGUACCAGGUGGGAUGAAGACUAGGAUGAACGAUAGGAGCGCGUAUGUAUAUAGUAGCCGGGUAAUCUAGUGUACAGGGAAAAGCGUAGAGUAUCAGAAA